AUGAAUUUUGAAACAAUAUUUGAUUUUAUUUUAAAAAAACCUAUAGAUUAUCCAGGAAAACAUUAAAAUUAAUAAAAUAGAACUAAUCCAGAUUUAAAACCAUUAAACUUAAUGGAUUAAUUUAAAAUAAUAUUUAAAGCGUUAAAAGUUUAUAUUUAUGAAAGAAUGUUAGAAGGAAACAGUCUCAAUUUACAUAACUUUGGCAUUUUUGGGUUUGAAAUAUGUUAAGAUACAUCAAGACCUACAAUACAUUCAAAUUUAUGUGAAAUAGCUAAAGAUUUUUAAAAUAAUAUAAGUGAUAGACUUCAUAAACAUAGAAUGAGACCUUUUUUUGCACCAGAUAAAAACUUAAAAAAUGCUUUAGUUAGAUAUCCAGGGAAAGAAGAAAUAUAAGAUUCUAAUAGUUAAUAUUCUGUAUUUUAGCAAGGAAAUAAUGUAAAAUUUUGUAAUGCAUCUAUAAUAGCAUAAGCAUGUCAUUUUGAUAAAGAAUUAGUUUAAAAUUCUUUAAAUGCAUUUAAUUAAGCACUAAUUGAUGUCGUAAUAAAAAAAUUUGAUGUUCUAUUAGAUUUUGAUUUCGUUGUUAUAAAAAUUAAAAAUAGAGAUAUAAAAUAUAGUUUCAAUUUAGACUUCUAAAAUAUUUUGAAUACUAAAAUAUUUGACUUCGAAAAUCUAUAACUCCAACUUCUUAAUUUUGGAAAGUUACAUAAUAACAAUAAAAAGAUAAAAGCAU